UGUCAUUUGUCAAAUCAACUCAAACAAAAUAAAUCGUAUCGCAGUGGCGUCUGGCGUCUACCUUCCGUCUAAAUAAUACCGCUUGAAAGUUUCAAAUCCAAAGCAAAUACGAAUUAAAUAAGCUGCUUUUAAACAGUGACUGAACAUUCAAUAUCCAACUAUUGUUCUACAUAAAAAUGACGACUGUUAUCGAACCGGAUCUCCGCACCAAAAUCGACACCGCUUGCCGGACUGCCGAAGAAUUCACCAAACUAUACUACGAAAGCGUUGAUAAAAAGCGCCACCAGAUGGCUCGACUUUACAUGGACAAUGGCCUGCUGGUGUGGAAUGGAAACGGUGCUACCGGCAAGGACAACAUUCAAAAAUACUUCCAGGAGCUGCCCAGAUCGGAACACAUUAUGAGCACCUUGGACGCGCAACCCAUUGUCGAUGAUGCCGUUUCGUCACAGUUGACCUUCAUUAUUCAGGUAUCGGGAACGGUCAAGUUCCAGGACAACCCGACGAAACCAUUUCAACAGACGUUCAUGAUUACGGCGCAGGGCGACAAGUGGAAAAUUGCUAGCGAUUGCUUCCGGCUACAAGAUGCAAUUUUCUAAGAAUAUGAUUGUGACGAAGAAUAUAUUUACUCAAUGUAACUUAG